ACCUUCAUAUGGAGAAAAGUUCUCCAGAAGCUUAUGAUUGGUCAGGUCUCCAGGUAUAUCCGAACCAUGUAUCUGGGGAUCCAAAGCCAGAGGCAAAAGGAACACCAGCGGCGCUUUUACUGGGCUAUGAUGUACGAGUAUGCAGAUGUCAACAUGCUGCGCCUCUUAGAGACCUUUCUCGAGAGCGCCCCACAAUUGGUGCUACAACUCUGCAUAAUGAUCCAGAAGAACCGUGCAGAAGCUUUACCGUGUGUAUCCUCUGUGGCCUCCCUGAUGUCCCUGGCUUGGGUGCUAGCCUCCUAUCACAAGCUUCUCCGGGACUCUAGGGAUGACAAGAAGAGCAUGAGCUACAGAGGAGCCCUUAUCCAUCUCUUCUGGCGUCUCUUCACCAUCUCAUCCAGAGUUAUCUCUUUUGCCCUCUUUGCUUCCAUCUUCCAGCUCUAUUUUGGGAUCUUUGUCGUGGUCCACUGGUGCGCCAUGGCCUUCUGGAUCAUCCAUGGUGGGACAGAUUUCUGCAUGUCUAAAUGGGAAGAGAUUCUCUUCAACAUGGUGGUAGGGAUUGUGUACAUUUUUUGCUGGUUUAAUGUCAAGGAAGGGCGGACCCGAUACCGAAUGUUUGCCUAUUACACCAUAGUCUUGACAGAAAAUGCUGCCUUGACGCUCCUUUGGUAUUGUUACAGAGAUCCCGACACUACUGACUCAUAUGCUGUGCCAGCGCUUUGUUGCGUCUUUCUUAGCUUCGCUGCUGGGAUAGCGCUGAUGCUCUUAUAUUACGGCGUCCUGCAUCCCAUGGGGCCGAGAGCUAAGAUUUUUGCCAGCUCCUGUUGCGCCGAGCUGCUCUGGGGCAUUCCUUUGCCCCCUGACAUUGAACCCAUGGCUCCUCAAACCCCUGGGUAUAGGGUGGCCCAGGCUACGCCACCCAGAGCGGCCACGGAGCAACAGGAGGAACUCACAGCUGACACGUGCUUACCAGUUUUCCAAGUGAGAGCUAUGGUGCCAUCAACUCCGUCUGGGAGACCAUUCCACCCAGAAGGCCCUCUCAUUAAGAUAGACAUCCCAAGAAAGAGGUACCCAGCUUGGGAUGCUCAUUUUGUAGACCGAAGGUUGAGAAGGACUAUAAACAUUCUCCAGUAUGUCACCCCCACCGCUGUAGGCAUUAGGUAUAGAGAUGGACCUCUCUUGUAUGAAUUGCUACAGUACGAAUCUUCACUUUAA